AUGCCCGGCAUGCUCUGCGGCGGCGCGCGGGGGUGGUGCGCUGCCGUCCCGCGGGUCCUGUCAGCCUGUGGGCGGCGGCGCCAUGGCGGGAGCGCGGCUGGCGGUGCUGGACGGUACGGGAGGCGCUCGGGAGCCGGCGCCUGUUGCUGGGCUCUAUCUCACCUCUGUUUCUCGUCCUGUCUUUUAGGGCUGGUGCGGGAGCUGCUGAAUGAGGAGGCUCCGUCGCGGAUCGCCCCUCUCACUGAGGAGCUCUUCCAGGCAGCGGAGAGCAUCUCUGUGGAAAGUGGGAGCAGGGCUGAGGUGGAGCCGCGGCCCGCCGACCCGGUGCCGCUCUCCAGCCUGGCUGAGGACGCGGGAGUUUCGUAUGCCUCACAGCACGCAGCGCUCGCCCAGGUUGAAGAGGCUGCCAUAAGGCUGUGGAACUGGGCUGUGACCAAGCACACAGGUUCUGUGGUCAGCGACGAGCAGCGAGCCAAAUUGCGAGUGGUUGCUUGCAGACUGCUGUGCCUCUGUGAGGGCAGCCAGCCUCCAGAGGAAACUAUUCAGAGACUGAUUUUGAUGUCUAUGAAAACUGGGAAGGGCUGGAUAGACCUUGGAAAAGCUGAUCUUGCUGAUGAGUUUCUGGAGAUGGCUGUGGGUAGCAUAGAAAAACUGUAUGCUAAGUUCCUGCAGGGGAGAGAUGGUGAAGCAGAUACUUCAGUGCACAGAACUGAUGUGGAGAAGAACCUCUUCAAAGUACUCUCUUAUCAGGCCGAAUCAGCAGUGGCUCAGGGGCAUUUCCAGAAGGCAGUGAUGUGCUUGCAGCGCUGCAAAGAGAUGUUGAUCAAACUGCCAAAAGAGACCUGUUACCUGGCAAUCCUCUGCUACAAUUUUGGAGUGGAGAACUAUGAACGGAAGAGGUAUGAGCAGAGCUCCUUCUGGCUCAGCCAGAGCUAUGACAUUGGGAAGAUGGAUAUGAAGUAUUCUGUUGGCAAGGAAAUGCAGGCUAAAGUGCUGCGGCUGCUGGCUACAGCCUAUUUUGAGUGGGAUUGCAGCCUCCACCUUGACAAGGCAUUGAGAGCUAUAAGCUUGGCAAAUCAGGAGGACUUGCACCCAGCAGGGUUUUUUCUGAAAGUAAAAAUUCUCCUUAAAGGUGGAGCAUCAGAUGAAGACAUCAGCUCAGCUGUUGCAGAAUUCCUGCACCAUGAGAUGUCUUUAGACUUUUGUUUGAAUACUGCCAAGCUCCUGCUGGAGUAUGGAAGGGAAUCAGUUGGGCUUGAGUUCCUGAAAUCUGUUCCUGAACGAUUUGCAUCUUCACCCGAUGUGGGCAAAAUCACCCUGCUGCAUGUGGAGUUCCUGCUGCAGAACAGCAGGGAGCUGCUGGCUAAGCAAAAGGUGGAAGAAAUCAUCAUUGGUCAUUACAGUGGGAAACAGCUGCUGCCUGAAGCCUUGAACCAGCUGCACAUCAUCCUGUGGGACAGAGCUGCCAAACAUUAUGAGGCCAAAAGCUACUCAGCAGCCCUGCAGUGGUACAGCUACUCUGCCAGCUUCUACACACCUGGCCAGAUCGACCACAACCUGGGCAGGCUGCAGAGGAACAUAGCCACCUGCCACUUGCACCUGCAGCAGCUCGACAAGGCUAAAGAGGCAGUUAAAGAAGCGGAGAGGUGUGAUCCAGACAGCAUCUUCACUAAAUUCAGUGUCUACAAGAUUGCAGUGAUGGAGAAAGACACUGAUAAAGCUGUGGAAGCAGUGGUUGAAAUGGGGAAGCUGGUGGAGAAGCCAUCCCAACAUGAGGACAAGCUGAGAGUGGAUGAAAAUACAGGCACUAACCUCCUGAGUUUAGCUGCUCAGAUUGCUUUAGAGAACCAACAGCAAGUUGUGGCUAUCAAAGCUCUGGAGCAUUUGGCUGAACACCUACAAGACUGCCAGCAAUUAUUUGCAGCUUUAAAGUGUUUGGUUCGGCUUGUGUUGUCACAGCUCACAGCAGAAGAUGAAGAGAAAAGAAAGGAAGAAAUGAACUCCAUGCUGGCUUACUUGACCCUGGCUCACAAGAGACUUGCUGCGUCUUUCACAGAAGAGAAAUUUACAGGGGACAUGAGGAUCCUGGAAGCUCACUGGUUUAGGAAAGUUGCUUGGAACUUGGCUGUGCAGUCCAAGGGAUGCCCUGAACACAUGAGGGAUUUUUUUCUGCUGUCCUUCAAGCUGUCCCAGUUUUGUCCUUCUGACAAAGCUGUCCUCAUAGCUCAGAAGACUUGCCUUGUGAUGGCAGCUGCCAUUGAGCUGGACACGGGGAGGCAGCAAGCCACACCUUCUGAACAGAUGCAGCUUUUCACUCAGGCACUUGAGCAUCUCCAGGCAUGCAAGGAGAUAUGGAAAGUUCUGAAACAUACAGGAGACUUUGCCAGAGACCCAACAGACACAUUGCUACUGCUUUAUGAGUUUGAAGCAAGAGCCAAACUGAAUGAUCCAACACUCCACAACCUGAUGGAGUCAGUGUGGGACCAGCCACAAACGGAGGCCAAGACGCUGGAAAUCAUUGCAUCACUGGCAAUGGAACCUCCAGCUCGGUACCCUGUGCUGUGUAAGAAAGCUCUCAAGGCUGCACUGAACCUUCACAGGAAGCAGAGUGUGGUUGAUGCUGUGAAGCUAAGCCAAUGCCUGCACAGCUUGAUCAGCCUCUCCCUGCCCACAGGGCUAACCAGUCUGGAUGCCUCUGUGCUGCAGGAGGUGUGGGACUACUUCCAAGAUGCUCUGAGCAUUGUCAGCAGCACAGAUGCUUACCCAGAGAUGGAGACCCUCUGGCUGAUGACACGAGCCUGGAACACCGGAAUAUUCCAGUACACUGUUGGCAAGUACAAGGAGGCUGAACAGUGGUGUGGCCUGGGGAUGCGCUUCCUCCACCACCUGGGAUCCCUGAAGAAGAGCUAUGAAGGCCAUAUGAUUGGUCUUUAUAGUGAGGUUCUGGACAAACUGGACAGAGCAAAAGGGUUUCUGUCAAAUGAAGAAGAACAGUGA